CUCCGCUCUGCACUCAUUUGACGUUUCUGUCGGUCUGCUCUGAGACAGACUGGAGAGAAUGGCUGCCAGUGGAGAGGUAGGGAAGCUGUUACAAGUACAAAAUGGGACGCUUCCAAUCACCAACUACAAUGGGGUAGAUGCUGUUCAUGCUUGUAACAUCCUGCAGCAGCUCAAAGCCUUGUACGAUGAAGCACAGCUCACAGACAUCGUUGUAGAAGUGGACCAUGGCAAGACUUUCUCAUGCCACAGAAAUGUUCUUGCUGCAAUCAGCCCAUAUUUUAGGUCCAUGUUCACCAGUGGCCUUACAGAGAGCAGUCAGCGUGAGGUUCGAAUUGUUGGCGUGGAAUCUGAAUCCAUGCACCUUGUCCUAGAUUAUGCCUACACAUCCAGGGUCUCGCUCUCUGAGUCUAAUGUCCAGGCCCUAUUCACUGCAGCCAGCAUUUUCCAGAUUCCUGCCCUGCAGGACCAGUGUGCCCAGUUCAUGAUCAGCCGACUUGACCCUCAGAACUGUAUAGGAGUCUUUAUGUUUGCUGAUGCAUAUGGGCACCAGGAACUGAGGGAACGCUCACAGGAUUAUAUCCGCAAGAAGUUCUUGUGUGUAUCACGGGAGCAAGAGUUCCUCCAGAUGACCAAGGAGCAGUUGGUCAGCAUUUUGAAUAAUGAUGACCUCAAUGUGGAAAAGGAAGAGCAUGUCUAUGAGAGCAUUGUCCGCUGGCUAGAGCAUGAUCUGUCUGGCCGUGAAACUCAUCUAGCUGAGGUUUUUUCCCAGUGUAUCCGUCUGCCCUUGCUGGAUGAGGCCUUUCUCAAUCGGAUACCUCCCCCCUUUGCUUGCGCCCUCUCCCUUUCAACAGACUCUGCUGAGGCCAAAGCUCGCCUCACUGGCACAAAUGGUUGUCCACAGCGCCUGGGUAUGACUGCUUCUGAGAUGGUCAUCUGCUUUGAUGCUGCUCAUAAACACUCAGGUAAGAAGCAGACGGUGCCUUGUCUGGACACGGCCACAGGAAGGGUGUUCAAACUCUGCAAACCACCUAAUGAUCUCCGGGAGGUUGGCAUCUUGGUGUCCCCAGAAAAUGACAUCUACAUUGCUGGUGGGUACCGUCCGAGUAACAGCGAGGUGUCCAUAGACCAUCGAGCAGAGAGUGACUUCUGGCAGUACGAGCAUGCAGGCAACCGAUGGCUUCCACGUGCACCUCUUCUGAGAGCCCGAAUUGGAUGCAGGCUUGUGCACUGCUGCGGGAAGCUGUAUGCACUGGGAGGCCGUGUUUAUGAAGGUGAUGGGCGAAAUGCACUAAAAUCAGUAGAGUGCUAUGAUGCCAGAGACAACUGUUGGACUGCAGUCAGUCCAAUGCCAGUGGCCAUGGAGUUUCACAGUGCUGUAGAGUACAAAGACCGUAUCUACGUCCUCCAAGGUGAAUAUUUCUUCUGCUAUGAUCCCCGUAAGGACUAUUGGAGUCAUCUGGCGCCAAUGAGUGUCCCUCGGAGUCAGGGUCUGGCUGCCUUGUAUAAAAACUGCAUCUACUACAUAGCUGGGAUCUGCAGAAACCACCAGCGUACUUUUACUGUGGAGGUCUACGACAUUGAGAAGAACACAUGGAGCCGCAAGAAAGAUCUACCCUUUGACCAAGCCACAAGCCCGUAUAUCAAGGCCAUGCUGCUGCAAGGCAAGCUACACCUGUUUGUACGAGCUACACAAGUCAUGGUGGAGGAGCAUGUGUUUCGCACUAGCAGGAAGAACUCCCUUUACCAGUAUGACGAUGAGGCAGACGUAUGGACCAAGGUCUAUGAGACACCCGAUCGCCUCUGGGAUUUGGGCCGCCAUUUUGAAUGCGUGGUGGCCAAACUUUAUCCCCAGUGUCUCCAGAAAGUGCUUUGAGGUAUUUGAAUUUUGUGGACCCCAUCUCUGAGGCAGAGGGGGGAUAGUGUGGUCCUGCCUGCCUUGUGCCUGGUGUUACCUUGGGUUUGCACCACAUGCACCAUUUUUGGUUAAGUCUUAAGUUGUUCAACUUCUGGUUUAAAAUGAUCAAAAUGGGGUUGCUUUUAAAGAUUGCAGUAUUUUUUUUUUCUUCAAGAAAGCACCAACUACCCACACUGAGGCUUGUUUAACAAAACCGUACAAUGACUCAUAAGUGCAAUUAUACUAUUUUUUUUUUUUUGCUUGUUGUCGAGCCAUGUUGUUCUAUUUUUGUGUUAGGUGCAUAAAUACACCAGUCAGCCACAACGUUAAAACCCCUGAGUUGCAGGGUGGGGCCUCUGUGGAUUGGGUUGUAUUAGUGCUAUCUGUAAAUGGUUUUACUGUUGUGGCUGAUUAAUGUGUGUAUGAAUUUUUACAAAUGAUAAGCAUGGAACUGAGGGUGUUGCCUCUGGAGAUAUGGAUGCUAUGUGUCAGCAUAAAGUGAAACUCUAUAUAGAUAUAGAAAUAUACAAAUAGUCAUAUAAACUAUAUAUUCAUACGGGUAAGAUGAGUACCUUAGGUCAUUAGUAGAUUGCUGGCUCUGAGGUUUGUGUGGAUUUUUUUCCUGUUCUGCGUUUAUGCCUCUCUUCAGUUUAUUUCAUAUGCAAGUUUUAAUUUGAAGUGUGCUUGUGAUUGACAUUAGUGUUUUUAAAGGUUGAAAGUUAAAUGGUAACUUUUUAUUGCCCACUCUUCCUCCACAGGUGUCAGUGUGUCAAACAUACACUAUGUGCGGCUUCCAGACUUUUUUUUUUUCCUGCUUUGAGUUGGCAUCCAUUAAGUGAAAUGUUAGAAUAUUCACUCUCCACAUUGGAGAAACAAGGACGGAGUCAAAUUUGUUGCAACACUAAGUGGCUCAUUCAGACCAACAGGUUUACCUCAGAAACUUCAGAGAUUUUUGAUUAGGAGCAAAGGGACAUUUCAGGCCGUUGUGUUGAUAUAAACAAGUGUUUGCUCUGAGUUUGAGCUCUGAGUUUGUUCUUUGACACCGGGUGAUUAAACGCUUGAAAAAAAGG